CUGGAUAUUUUACUCAUGUCCAGCAGAUGGCGGUGUCUUAACUUCUGGAACAUCAUCUGCCGUAAAACGUCACAAGAAGAAGAGUCACAUCAACUUCCGUUACUCGGUGGUGGAGUUCUUCCACAGUUUCUGAUGCUUCCCAGUGCCUUCCAGUGUACCCGACGCAUCACCGCCUGGCCCUCUUCAACCAGACCUCUGACUCAUUUCACACCACACAUGGACCCGGAUGCCAAACGGCCUGUUGAGAGGGCUAUCAGAACCAAACUGACUAGCAUGUUAAAACCAGACCACGUAGAGGUCCACAAUGAAAGCCACAUGCACGCCGUCCCUCCAGGAUCUGAGUCCCAUUUCCGCGUUCUAGUCGUCAGCUCCCAGUUUGAGGGUCUGCCUUUGAUUCAGCGCCACCGUUUGGUGAAUGAAGCUCUGAAAGAGGAACUCAGUAGCUGCGUUCAUGCAUUGGCAAUCCAAGCAAAGACCCCAGAGCAGUGGGGGAAGGACCCGUCUCUAGGGAAGAGUCCAUCCUGCAUGGGGGGGUCAAGGGACGACCACACAGUGGAGGAGAAGCUGAAGGCUGGACGGGAGUGAAACUGAAUCCAUGCUGAUAUUUAAACAGAAACUCAAAACAAACAGUAGCCCCUUGAUUCCAUGUAAACCAGUAAAACCAGCAUACACCACUAGUUUCAAAAAGGUGAAGUCAGAAUUCCAGAACAUCACAUGUGUUAGAUGGUUGCUAAUUCCAUAUAUUUGCCAUAAAUACUACAAGACAUGAAAAAAGUUGUAGUUAAUUUUAAAAGUCAUCCGGUUGCUGAUGCUGCUCAUGUCUGAUUCUAUAAUGUGUUUUAUAGUUCAGCUUGUUACAACUGGAGUAAUAAAGGAAGCUGUUUGCAAAGCUCUGACAAUAAAAACACUGUAAUUACACAAAGUUA